GCUUCCAGCUCCGUCCCCGGCGGCGGAGGAGGGAACCGGUGGCCGAGGCAGGAAACUCUGGCGUUGCUGAAAAUUAGGUCGGAGAUGGAUGGGGUUUUCAGAGACUCCAGUCUCAAAGGUCCAUUAUGGGAAGAAGUUUCCAGGUGAUAUAUAUAUAUAUAUACACGUAUGUAUGUAUGUAUGUAUCUCCACCGCUGUAGUCGACCGGAUUAUUCAGAUGCACUAGUCAAUAUCGUUUCUUGAAUUCGGCGGAGAUCAAUUAAGUAGUCUGUGGAUGGUGAUUUUGAAUUAUUAAUUUAAAGGGUUUUCUCUUCCACUUAGCUAGAUUCAAAAGAAUUCAUCUAUCAUCUGCUAUCUAGGACCUUCUUUCUCAGACUCUGAAAAGUUUCAUAUAUAUGUGUGGUGUGUGUAGAUAACAAAUUUUGGGGUUUGGCACUUUUGGUUUCGGCACGUUGUUGCUAAUUAUAGCAAAUAACAACCAAACUUGAAUGCUAAAAAGAAUCGCUUUUUUAAUUUAAAUCCAAAUCCAAAUCCAUCACAUAUAUAAUUCUAAUUUCAUAUUCUUCCUCAUCUUCUACAAUCAUUUGAAUGCAUAGCUGGAUUGCGUCUGCCCUGGUUCCAUCGGAAAAUGGCGGAGCUUGGAUUUCAACGAAGCGCCAAGAAAUGCAAGGAGAAAUUCGAGAAUCUGUACAAAUACCAUAAGCGAACCAAAGAUGGGAGAUCCUCAAAAUCCGAUGGCAAAACCUACCGCUUUUUCGAUCAAUUAACAGCCCUAGAAAAUGCGCCGCCGCCGCCGAGCACAGCAGCGGCGUCAGUGGCGGCACCGUCGUCAAUGGCGACAGUAGUCGUGCCGAAUUCAACUGUUUCAUCGUCGAAUAGUCCCAAUCCCGUCAGUAUGGUGCUGCCGACUCUCAAUUUUUCUAAUCCGCUGCAAAUCCAGCCUUCGCAUCCGCCGGCGCCGGCGAGCCUGUUCUCCAAUACGACGUCGUCUUCAUCGACUUCUUCAGAUGAGGAUUUGCAGCGGCGGAGGGGGAAGAAGAGGAAAUGGAAGGUGUUCUUCCAGAGAUUAAUGAAAGACGUGGUGCAAAAGCAAGAGGAGCUGCACAAGACGUUUCUAGAAUCCUUGGAGAAACGCGAACGCGAUCGGACGGCCAGAGAAGAGGCCUGGAGAUUGCAGGAACGGUCACGAUUGAACCGCGAGCACCAACUGCUCGCACAGGAGAGAUCCAUGGCCGCCGCCAAGGAUGCCGCCGUGAUCACCUUCUUACACAAGAUAUCAGAUCAGCACAACAUUCAAAUUCCAAUCAGCCUCCGCAACCCAGAUAUUCCCCGCCCUCCUCCUCCUCCUCCGCUGCCUCCCCCAUCAAACCACGCCGCUCCUCCUCCGCCGCCUGUUAAAACCUCCGGCACAGAAGUAGAGAAAAUCAGGCGCAUUAAUUCACCAGGGCCCUCCCGAUGGCCGAAAGUCGAAGUGGAAGCCCUAAUUAAUCUCCGAAAAAGUAUGGAUCUCACGUACCAAGAAACGGGUCCGAAAGGUCCGCUGUGGGAGGAGAUUUCCGGCGCCAUGGCGAAAUUAGGGUUCAACCGGAGCUCAAAGAGGUGCAAGGAGAAAUGGGAGAACAUAAACAAGUACUUCAAGAAAGUGAAGGAGAGCAGCAAGAGGAGACCCGAGGAUUCCAAAACCUGCCCAUACUUCCAUCAGCUCGACGCCCUAUACCGUGAAAGGGCCAGCUCCGAUAACUCGCCGCCGAUAAUGGCUCGCCCCGAGCAGCAAUGGCCGCAGCCGCCGCCGGAUUCUUCAAUGCCCGAUCAAGCACACAGCGAUCACGACCGCGACAACGAAGAUGAAGAAGAAGCAGGAGAAGGAGAAGCAGGAGAAGACGUCCAAGUCAGAGAUGGAUAUGAGAUGGGCGCAAUUACAAACAAGCAGCCGUCGUCGGCGGAGUGAGAAAUUAAAGGAGAGAGAGACUAAAUUAAAAAUGAUGGUGGAGUGAGGUGAAACAGACAGCGCCGGGGCCGGGGCCAGCCACCGCGCUGGCGGGCAUGGCAAUCGGACAGUGAUUAAAUCUGGAAGACAGGCAACACAUGGUGGGCGCCCCGGUCCCGGACCCGCCUCAGACGGACGGGGACGUGGUGGAUGGAUGGAUGGAUGGAGAGCAGUCAUUGUGAAUUCUGAAUUAUUUAUCAUUAUCAUUAUUAUUAUUAUUAUAUGUAUAUGUAUGUGUAUAGGUAUAUGUGAGGUUAGAUAUUUUUUAAUUUGAAUAUACUGUUAUAAUUUAUUUAUUAAUUAUUUUAGAAAGACAGAAGUAAAUAGGGUGGGUGAAUGUGUCAAAAGUGAAAAAUUGCAGAAUUGUGAGGGGUCAAUAUUAAUUUGAUUUCA